AUGGAGCUUACUGUCGAAAGCAAGGACUACCUGACAGCACUUCCGGCAGAGCUGCUGUAUUCUAUAUUCGACUACCUUGUACCGUCACAUCAGCCAGACAAUGCUUUCCAUCCCGGAAUUCCAAAGCCUCAGCCAUUACACGAACUUGGCAAGCUGCUCUAUGUCUCCCAGUCACUGCAUAGCCAUGUCAACAGUUGGGCCGAGCAUUUUCACCGCGCCCAUCAGUCCACCAUGAGACUGCGGCUGACAAAGACCAUCAACGCGCGACAAAAGCGCUUCUAUUUCCACAAGGUGCAAAAGUGGGCCAGCCGUCACUGCAUCUUCUGCGGCAAGACUUCCCGGCGGUCUGCGAUUCUUGCAAGCAGCCUCAAGUGCUGCGCCAAAUGCGACAAGCAAAGGUGGCCGGAGAAGAUCACCAAAACUGACGCGAAAGCCGAAUUCGACUUGCGCAACCAUCAACUCCAACCGCACCUCCACCCUCGAUUCGCUCACAUCAAUGGCCUGCCACGAGUCCGCUACGGGACUUACUUCACGUCAAACAUCGCGACAACCAUGUUUGUGCGCUCGGACGUCAAGCGCCUCGCUGAGUUCAUACAUGGAGAUCUGGUAACGCACAAGCAACGCAAAAAGGCGGAGGCGGUCGAGCGAGAGAGGCGGAGGGCUGAGCGCGGCAUGCGUCGCUAG